GCAGCGUCUUCUCGCUGGUCUCCUUCGACGACCGUGCUUGACGUGCAGCCCUCACUGGUUCACCACCCACCUCCCCCCCUUUGCCGCCGCCUCCAUCGCCUCGCCAUUCUCCCGUACCUGCGUAGAGCCAGACUCUCUCCCUCUCCCUCCCGCUCUCUCUCCCUUUCUUCCUCGCCGUCCACCGAAGCCUCAAUUGCGCUUCGCCGCCCGCUGCUUCCCGAGCAAAAGGCUGCCCCGUCACCGUACGCGCCCACCUCUUCGCCACAACGCCUCCCUUCGAUCUUCUGCCGCCGAGCAAACAGCACAUCACGGGCUGGUCGUUACCUGGGAGCUGAGAUUCAGCGAGUCCGGUGUUGGUCCUUUGAUUGGGUGAGGUAGCAGCUGCCGCGGGCAGACUGUGACACCAUGGCACAAAAUGGAGAGAGUGUUAUGAGAAGAAAACUCGUCAUCAUCGGCGACGGUGCCUGCGGCAAAACAUCCUUACUCUCCGUCUUCACGCUCGGCUACUUUCCUACAAGAUACGUCCCGACCGUCUUUGAGAACUACGUCACAGACUGCCGCGUCGACGGCAAAUCAGUACAGCUCGCGCUGUGGGACACGGCGGGCCAGGAAGACUACGAGCGGCUACGGCCGCUGGCCUACGCAAAGGCACACGUGAUCCUGAUCGGCUUCUCGGUCGACUCACCGGACUCGCUGUCCAACGUGAAGGACAAAUGGGCGGAGGAAGCCCGGGAGCGCUGCCCGGAGUGCCCCGUCAUUCUGGUCGCGCUCAAGAAGGACCUGCGCGAGGACCCCGUCGCGAUCGAGCACAUGCGCAAGACGAGCCGCAGCUUCUGCACCCCGCGCAUGGGCGAGGAGAUGCGCGACCAGAUCGGCGCCCGCAAGUACCUCGAGUGCUCGAGCCUGACGGGCGAGGGCGUCGACGACGUCUUCGAGGCCGCCACCAGGGCCGCCAUGAUCACCGGCAGCAGAGGCGAAAAGACACCGGGCUGCUGCGUCGUGCUCUGACCGCCCGCUCGCGCUCUUAUCAUCCUCCAUUACCGUCCCUUCUUUUUUUUUAUUUUUCAUUUUCCCUCGGCCUCCCUCCCGACCUGCACUCACGACCGGUUGCUUACUUGUGAGCGUUGCCGUUCUUUUUGCUUUCCUCCCCCAAAUUUUUUUUUUCUUCCGCCGUCAAACUCAUCAUCUUGCGCGUCGCAACACUACUCCCGGCCGCCGCUGCCGCCGCCAUCGUCGUCGUCGUCGUCUUUUGAGAGAUGCACGCAUGUUUGGCCGUCCCCUCUUCCGCUGCAUGUAUGAAACAGUUCGGGAGCGUCGAGGAUUGCCGCCCACACCACUCCCCCCCCUCUCCCAACCGUUCCGAGCGAGUGGGCGUAAAUCAACAACAAAAACAGUCGGACAUUUCGCUGGGAGGUAACUACACGAUAGGGACAGGUCCGCUAAGGAACACUCGGUGGAAGGUGUUUUUUUUUUUGUUUUUUAUGCAUUUUCACGGCGUCACAAUUCUUCGUCGUCUUGUAAUCAUCAAAGUCUCUUGCCGUGUUUGUUAUUUUGAAAUUGGGGGUUUUUUUUUUGCCCUCUCUAGCGAUGGAUACAUAGGGAUAGCCUUUGGCGGCGUUAUGUAUGACGAGAGCCUCACUUUAAACCGAUGACGAUGACGGAAUUCGAGACAUACUUAAUAAAACCCACAUAUGAUUUCGCCAGGAGAAAGAGAAAACAAAAAGGGAGAGAAUUCAGUCUGACAAGUUGGCAUGCAGCGACAAAGGCAGUCACAUUUUUUGGUUUG